UAUUAAAUCCGUUUGUGCUGGUUGUCAAAUCACGAGAGCAACAAAGCAGCUUAUGCCUUAUGUGCCAAAAAUCAUAAGGACCUUCGAAUUGAUGGAGCGAAUUCAAAUCGAUCUCGUUGAUAUGGCACCCGAUACGGAAAUGCAAAUGCGAACAAAUCUCGGCCAGUUUCGCUACGUUCUUUCCAUAACAGAAUGUUUCAGCCGAUUUUGUUUUUUGUUUCCUAUUAGAAACAAGACAGCCGAAGAAAUUCAUGCACAGUUGGUAACCUUUUUUGUGGAUGAAGGUUGUCCAAAAAUUCUACAGAGUGACAACGGAAAAGAGUUCGUUAAUAAGCUGGUAAAAGACCUUUUGGAAAAUGCAAGCGUUGGGUUUGUGCAUGGUAGGCCAUACCAUCCACAGUCACAGGGACAAGUGGAACGUCUAAAUCAAAAGCUGAAGCGAGCUCUUGCAUUUAUGAUGGCUAAUUUAGACCCUGUAACGCAAGGUUUAUUAUGGCCGUAUUUUUUGCCAUCCGUCCAGCACUUAUUGAAUACAACACUACAUAAUUCCACAAAUAUGACGCCGUUUGAAGUCUACAAAGGGUACGCUUCUGCGCUAAGCCUUGAAAGAAUAGAAUUGGAUCCGGUGCCAUGGAAAGCGGAGCACGUCAGUAUGCUGAAACGACUUAUGCCUGAGCCACCAGAUGAUGAGUUUGCUGAUGUUUAUGCAACGGAACAGUAUGAAAACGACAUUGAUGAAAAGGCUGAAGAAAACCUUCGACACCUAGAUGAUCUGCCAGAACCGCUGCGGUCGCAGGCUUUACACGCGCUGGAACAGCUGCAUUACCGACGUGCUUGCAUGCAGACAUCUGUCAUCGAAAAUGUAGAGCGAAGACUUUUUAAAAACAUCUACGGACCAGCAGUGAAGGCUAGGCAGAUACGAAUCGAAGUUGGCGAUGUGUAUAUUUGGCGUCCGCAUCAAAAAAAGACGGAAAUUAUCCGGUCGUGUAAAGGUGAAGAUUGUGCGAAUUAUGGAACAAGAGAAAACGCUCUCCUCAAGAUACCAGGUGGAAUAUUUCAAGAACGGUGACCGGGAACCUCCCAUAAAGACCAAAGAAAAUUCUUCGUUUUUCACAGUGCUUUUGGUUAACACAAACGAAUUAUCAAUUUAUCGGCGCCGUAUUGCUACCCAAAAUGGAGUCCAUGAAGAGCGCAUGCGAGAAGAAAGCACUAUUGGCUGUUUAUCAGAAAUUCACAAGGACGCAAAUGCGGUGGGAAGAGGCGUUCACGAAUUUGCUGACACAAUGCGUGCUUAUUUGAAAGAAACGAGUUGUUUGGCAAAACG